AUGUGUCUGCCAGUGGCGGGUGAGACUCCUGCAGUUGGGACCAGGCUAACACUGACAUCAUGGGGGCGUUAUCUUUGGCACUUUCAUAUACCAGUUUAUCAAAAAAGUUUGACUGCAGCAGUCAUCAGUAAUGAUGAUUGUGCAAGCCUGUAUGGAGAAGAAAUGAUUUCACCUAGCGUCAUGUGUGUAAGUGAUGGUAACUGGCCAAAGAGAGUCUGCAGUUCUGACUCCGGAGGGCCUGUCUACGAUCAAUCGGGAGAUGUCUACAUAUUGGCUGGCAUCCUCUCACCUCGGUCACCUGGGUGCAGAGAUAUGAACGAGGGUGCAACUUUCGUGAAUGUUCUUAAUUUUACACAGUGGAUUACAGAUAAUGUAAAUCGUUACAGUAGUGGUAGACAGAAGUUUCUCCCUAACCGUACAGCUUCGAAUACCAACGUCAGCGAGUAG